ACUCAAAACUCGUUUUAUUUACUAAUUCAGGUUACAAUGUAUACAACAACAUGAAUAGGAUAUAUAAAAAACGCAUGUUAAAAUAUUGGUAAUCGGAUACAGGAAUUCGAAAUAACUGAUUAAUAGUACGAAAUACAAUAAUCAUAUAUACAUGUACAUGUAUAAAAGCUUAGCAGGGCCACUGUUGUUUUAUCCCGUCUACAAAAUGGGGCAUAAUCACACCGUGUCAACUACGUUGUUUAGACUGCGGUAUAAAACACCAGGGGCUCUGUCUGGCUAUAUAAUUUUUCGUGAAAACAUAUCAUUGGCAAGUACAAUGUUAUACAGAGUGAUAGUAGUAUCCGAUUUGCAUGUUACACAAGUGAAGGUAAUCAUAUAUUUGGUAAUAUCAAUCAUACUACAGAUAUAGUCAAUUUAUACAUAUCAUAACGACACUGAAAUUCAAUAUGGAGACAAAUACGUUUCAAGGUUAAGUAUCAAUUAAUAUUUAGUGUAAUAGAUAUCUACUUGUAUUGGCAAGACAUUGACGGGGGAGGUUGGGAGUGUUCUUGUUCAUUAUGGAUAAGAUAUAUACAAUACUAGAAAUUUGGGUUAAGAAUGAGUUAUACAUAGCGGUUAAGGUUACAGUAAUAAAUAUUAAACGACAGAUGAGUAAACAAAGCGUACCGCCAGUGUAGAUGUAUUUGUUCCGCGUUUUCUGCGUGAGUUUAGUGCGGAUGCAUGAAUGGGAAUAUUUUAGUGAAUGAACGAAUAAUUUGGUUGUAAAUUUGGCCAUCGGCGACUGAUGAAGCUAAGGAUUUAUUUGUAGGGAAGAGUUUAACCAUGAAAGACAGCGACAGGAAGAGCUAGAUCGCCUGCAUUUGGCUGGAAAUGCUACGAGCUGACAGGGAGGAGCAAGAGCAGCAAGACAGAAUGGUUGCCCUUAGACUGCAAGAAUCGAUAACCCAAGAAGAAAUGACGAUAAGGCGUGGCCAACAUGGUCGAAACAUAGGAUUGAGAGGUUUUUCUCAUCACAUCACGGGUCACAGAUCUCGAGGAAUGGGCAGAAGUGAGCUGGCCAUGUCUCUUCAUGGAGAGGAGGAUCAAAGAGGUGGAGGCUGGGACGAACGUGUUGAGGCUUUGCCUAGCAUGUCCUUUUACUGGCCCAACGACCUGCAGGACGAUCAUCAAAUACAACAUGAAUGGAGUAGACCUCUCCAGGACAUACAGCAGCAAAUGGCCGCCAGUCAACAGGAGUUCCAGCCUUUUCACCAAUUUCCGAUCCAAGACCUUGAUGAGGAAGACUUCGAGUUCGAGGACCACCACAGGAGACUGUCGCAGAUGGGCACACGCGAGGACUUUGACAGGAUUCUUUCAAUGUUGAACGAACCUGGCUUGAGCAAUGUCGGAAACAGUUAUGAGGCUCUUUUAGAACUAGGAGAAAAUUUGGGAACUGUCACUAGUGGCCUAAGCACGGAGGAGUGCUCCACACUGCCGACCGCGAGAUAUACCCAGAGAGACAAAAACACGGCGGAGCGCAGCGUGUGUCUGGAGAAAUACAAGACUGGAGAUGCACAGAAAACAUUGCCCUGUAUCCAUAUAUUCCAUAAAUCUUGUAUUGACGAGUGGUUGAAAAACAACGCAACAUGUCCUGUGUGCAGAGAGGUUGUUAAAGUUUCCUGACUACAGAUGAGCGGCUAUUCCAAUUAACAAUACUAAUUGUGAAAAAAAUUAUAGUGUUACAGUGAACAUACUUAGUGGUGUGGCUGUUAAAGAGGCUAUAUACCAAAUGGUCUGAAAAUCGGCAAAAAACAUUAUUUCCACAAAACAAACCUAGAAUUGUCAAUGUGGGCUAGAAGGAGGCCGAUAAUAAAUCAUUUAAC